AUGGCGGCUAAUAUAAAUGAAUACAACAAAUCACCUAGCUUUGGUCACCCAACUUCACACACGUCCAAUUGGAAGAGGCAUAAAGAGGCAUGUAAUAAAAAAAAUAUUUAUAGUUCUAAUAUUAAAAAGUUCUUUUUGACUGAAACUUCAUCAACUACAGCUGCAAAAGAUAAAACUACAGAAAUAGUACCAGUACAAGGUAAAAUUCAAAUUGACCUGCCGCAAAAUGUAAUACCUCAAACAACUCUUAUAAAUGAAUUAAAUUUAAAAAUUAAUCCACUUUCUAAUCAUGAAAUAAAAAUUACUGAAAAUGUGGACUUAUCAAAUCAAAUUCAAGUCGAUGAACAUAAAAUAAUUAUACCACAAAUAUCUCAAACUCUAACUCAGACAAAUGAAGAUAAUAUUGAUUUUAACAUAGACUAUGAUCCAUCAACAUUUUCAAACAUUCAGGUAUUAACGUGGGAAAUGAAAAAUCAUUUAGUAAAAUAUGGUCAUUGUCAGCCAUUACCAGAGGAUCUAUUAAAUGGACAGUAUCCUAAAGAAAAAUGUGGGAGACAUUUUCAAUGUCAAUGGUACAAGAAAAUUCUUCCAGAUGGGUCAAUAAUUAGUAGAGAUUGGCUUACUUAUUCAAUAAAGACAAAUCGAGCGUUUUGCUUAGAUUGCAUUUUAUUUUCUGAUAAAGGGAAUCUGGCUUGGACAAAAGUAGGAUUUAAUACAUGGGUUCAUGGUUCAAAUAGGAUUAUUGCUCAUGAAACUUCAUCCACUCAUGUACAAGCUUCAAUUAAGCGUAAAAUCCAACAAUCCCAUUUACCAAUAAUACCAUCUCUUACCUCAAAAAAAAAAAGAACAAGUGUUUAUGAAUAUUGA